AUGGCGACGUCUUCUGGAGUUCCCCAGAUUUUGACUCGGUCCAUGGUACCGUCGUUAAGCGAAGGUUUGGACGCCGGCGAUAUUUUGGAGUGUUACGCCUUAAUCCGACCAGCUCAAUUACAUAAUCCCAUGAUGCCGGAUGCGACCAUGACAAUUCACAAAGUGGCUAUUGGUCUAAGAUAUAGACCCUUGAAAAUGAAUGACAUGGUGGACGAAGUGAAGAUCAGGGAAAUCACGCUAGAGUACGGGCCGCAGAGAAUGGGUGCCAGUCUGACCCAGGAGAGUACGCCUGGUGUCUUAGUGGAACAGGAUCCAGUGGCAGGGACGGGAAUUGGCAUGAACAGCAACAGCUCGACGUCCAGGUCUUUUGUCACGUGGGAGAACGAAGGGAAAAUCUACUACACUACCCGAAUAGGAAGCACAGGAUACAUCAGUGCGUACUACAUGGCAAGCGUCACUGGAUCGGUUCUGGAGAGAAUUCUGGAAAAAGCUUUGGAGUAUCCCAUGCAAAAUGCACACAUCAGGGGACGAUCAAAGAGAUACCAGCCAUUUGUGGUAGUGGAUGGGACCAACAGUCCAAUACCACCACCGGGGUAUGAAGGCGAUAUUGAUGCGAACCGCAAAGUCUUGCUCAAGUCAAGUAGCAGCACAGACUUUAUGGGGUAUAUGUGGAAAACAUUGGCAGAGUUGGGAGUCAACAUGCACCCUAUUCUAGCACCUCCUUCCUACCAGGUCCAGCUUGUGGCUUCUGGGAUCGAAAAAGUCAAAGUAGGACCACCCGACUGGGCGACACAACCAGCUGCAUCGUUUUAUGAAAAACUGUAUCAGUGCAUUGAAGCGAAGGUCACUGGGGACUACAGCAAAUAUGCCAAGCCAACUCCAAUGCCCACGUCCAAGCAAGCGCCGUCGCAAGCUCCCAGUAUGGCAAUAGGAAGCUCCAGUCCGACAGAUUUCGGCAACAGCAGUGUUGCUGAAAGCAAUUCGGACGAUAAUGACGAAGAAAAUAUUGAUGAUGGGGGAGCACGAAAACGCAAUUUACGAGCAGAUUUCCCGGGCACACCACAACUUCGGGAAACGGAUCCUCCCAUUGAUGCGCUCCUCAGUAUUGAAACUAUCAUUCACGACGAUGACAAUAACCACACCAAUGCUGGCAACGGUACUAUUGAUGGAGCAAGGAAUUCUACCGCGAACGACUCUGUCAACAUUGACGGGGGCGUGGACGAGGACGUGGACACAUCCGACGACCAAAUUGACUCUCUCGAGGAAGGAUCCCCUGCAAACGACACACUCGCAAAUUCAUCUUCGCUUGUGUCCGCAGCUCCCUCAAUAUCCGCUUCCCCGACAUCUUCUCCGGCACCAUCCGUUCUGCCGUCGUCAAAACCAAGCGUCUACAAGGUCAACAAAAAGGACACGAAAAGCGAAGUCGACGAAGUGCAGCAAGCAGCCGAUCAAGCCAAACAAGCGGCGGCGGAAGCAAAGGAUGCCGCCAAGACAGAUGUUGAUACAAAAGCCGCAGACGCCGCUCAGGUAGCAGCACAGGCCGCUCAAAAGGCUGCCGAUGCUACAUCCACGGCAGCAGCUCAAUCGGCGUUGGAGUCACUGCUCAGCGGCGACGGCAAUAUCAUGCUCUCGGUUGUAUCUCCCUGCAUAUCAGAUCCUCAAUUCGGCAUUGCCACGCUAGAUGUGAAUGAUACCGUGAUCUCGCAGGCUUAUCUGUACAUUGACGGGUCGUCGUAUUACAAGGUCAACUUGACGUAUCCGUGGGUGCAAGUGGUACCCGUGGACAUUGAGCUGCCCUCACCGCUAGAUUUUGGCGGACCCGGAUCUGGCGCAGAAUUCGUGGAUUGGACCCUUGCACUGAUGUUGCUUUUCAUGUCUAUUUUUGGGAUUCUGAUGCUAAUCCAGCAAGUAUUUGGUGGCCACGUGAAGUUAGUCGAACCCCUCUACAACUUCCAGCUUUGGUUUUUCAAUCCACUUCAUUACAAGGACAUCAAGGGCAACAUUGAAGAAGAAAGAAAAAUGACAAUGUCGACGCAGGGACGUGGCCAGCCGUACAAUUUUGCUCAAGAUGUGAUUCCGGUCUCGAUGGGUGGAAGGAAGAGCACGGGGUCAAUUAUGGCUCCUGGCCGAAGGUUCCUUGGCAAUCCAACAAGCGAUCAAGUUGACGACGAGAGGGAGCGCAUUCCCCUGACUGCUAGUGUGGAAAUCCCAGAAGAAAUUGAAGCAAAUGACGAUUUACACGAAAUAGAAAUGACAGAAACAGGAAGUCCGACCCGUCGCGGUUGUGACGAGCUGCAACGCGCUUCCAGUGGAGCAAGCGCUGAUAGCGGAGAAUCGGCAUCAUCGCAAUCGCAUCACCAUGGUGGUGAGAAUGGAAGCAACUCGAGCAAAGUGGUUGGGAACAUGGAAUUGAUUGAAAAUGACCAUCGCAUCCAAGAGAACGGAGUACCGAAGAGAUUUAGGCGGGAUCCUGAUUUGGUGGACAUGCCCAAUUUGAAAUCUACCUCCAAAGUGGCAAUCCCAGUAGGUCUCAAGCGAAACAGAUCAUUCUAUUCCAUUGGCGGCAAUACGCUAUGA